ACCCCCCCUUUGCAUGGGAAGAAAAGAAAACAAGAGGAAAAAAGGAAGGGAAGCUUGAGAAGACAUGGAAGUGGGUGUUCAUGAGGUUGAAGAUGACGUGUUUUUUGCAGACUUAAACAAGCAAAUCUCUUCGCUAAUCAUGGAUGAUGAUGAUGAUGACCCAGUUUCUCUUUCCCUUCAGUUUCUUUCCAGACGUUCUGUGGAGCAAAUUAUCAAACAGGUCAACCCCCACAUCUUGAAAGCAAAGGCACGGGAGUCUUUAUCCCGAGAUCAUUGCAGACAACAAGGAAGCAUGGGCAAAGAAGGUCAACUUCAUUCAACACCAAAUCCAACAGGCAAAAGCUUAAUAAUGGUAAAAAAAAUGGCUUCUCGACAAUCUUUCAACGAUCCUUUUUACCCGAGGAAAGGCUAA